ACAGCUUCCAGGAAGUAGCGAGUAAAACUGUGAUGCUUGAGAGCACAGAAGCUCACAAGUGCAUGGGAUGUCACGGACGCCAGGCAGUUUUAGAUUCCACCACCACCACCACCACCACCACUCUCUACCAUGAUCAACACUUACCAGACCAGCAUGGCUCCACCGCCGGUGCCUCCGCGCCUCAAUAGGUCCCAUCCAGUCCUCAUCCCGGCUCAAAUGACCACGCCGGGCCACAACAAGCCUCUCGUCCGAUUCUUGGUGAUUGUCGUGGUGCUACAUUUACUGCUGUCAGUCGGAGGAUUCAUCUUUCUGUACAACAAUGACCAGGAGAGACAUCCCCCAGCUGCAGGAAAAGCUGCAGCUCUGUCAUCAGAAAAACAAUCAACUUACUACAAAGCCUUGGCAAGAAUGGCAGUUGACAGAAGUACAUCUAAAAUAUCCACAGGUGGUUAUCUGCAGUGGGACAUUAAGCACUCGGUUCUUAGUAACAUCAACUACUACCAGGACAGCUGGCUGACGGUGCUGCAGUCCGGUGAUUACUACGUCUACUCCAGAGUGACCUUCUCCAAGGGCGACUCGGUGAAGCCGCAGGUCAGCAGAGUCAAGCUGAGGAAGAGCAACGGGGAGGUUGGGGGUAUUUUGAUGGAGGCCUACUGUAACCUGGGCGCUCGCACUGGCAUUCCUCAUAUGUGCACUGCCACACAGGGAGAGGUGGUCACACUAGAGGAGGGAAACCAGCUGAGCGUCUGGAUAGAAAACCUUUCACUGGUGGACUACGGCGACAGAGUCACAGUCUUUGGGAUGUACAAACUGUAGGGACGUCCGUAUGAGCACGUGUGUGUGUGUGGACCUCAGCCCAUUCAAACGCCCGGACUUGGAGAUGCAGUGAAUCUGCUUGAGAACAACGUUCAACACUGCGGAUUGAUCGAUCCUCGUUCUUUUUGUGGAUUUCAGAGCCGAGGCCACAUUCAUGGACUAUAAUUUAUUAAAUGACAUAUAAUUGUUUGUUAUUUUGUGCUUAUAUAUGCCAGUAUUGUGAAUCACUCUUCUAUAUUUAUUAUGUAUUAUUCCUCUACGAGCUACUCAGGAACCCAAACUUUAGACUGCAAAGUGUACGGCAAAUUUUUUGCUCAUUUGGUUUUACUGUGGUUUGAAAUUUCUAGGACACAAGAAGCCACACGAGCAAACGUGCAGUGUCUCAUGAGGCUCUGCCGCAAGAGUCAGUCUCACUCGAGAUGAGUUACCACUUGAGAGGCUUAACUGCCCCGCUCUGCAACACCAAUGUGUAUGUGCGUCAAACUACGAGUUGUUUUCAGUGACACAAAAAGACACUUUCAAUCGCAAUUGCAAUACAAGUCUGACUUUCUUUGUUGCUCCUUUUUUUUGGUUUCUUAAGGAAACUGCACUUUCUACUUUGGGUUAUAUAUUUCAUUCAUUUCCAGGCAGCCAUUGGUUUACAUUCAUUUUCACACGGCGUAUGAAGUUAACCAAUAUUCUUCGAUCGUUGUCAGGGGAUUUGAUCGCACAAACGUAUUCUCGACAGUCGGGUAGCAAAACAAAUGAUUAUAGACCCACUUCUGUAAAUAGUCAUGCAAGGUGCAGCCAGUGAUGGCAUAAAAACAAACAAUAAAACCCAACAGGAAAUGUCUGAACUCCCUUCACAUUUUUUUUUAUCAUUAUUAUUAUUAUUAUUAUGUUUUACCCUAACCCAGAUUAAGUAUCGACCUCUUUUAAAUCUACAACCAUGUGAAAUAUAUUCCAAAUCACUGUGACAUCUCAAAUCUUGUCAUGGCUCUUGCAGCCACUGAUGGAAAUUCAAUUUUCUACUGUUUGCGUGACUAUUACCAUAAGUGGGUCUAGUGCUACUUGACUGGCUGCACUUUUUUUCUACAGGUCUGAGUUUGUAACUUCCACCUGCACAGUGACUA